CGUUCCCCUUUUGCUAUCUAUACGCAGGCAAACUAUUGGUUAAGUUAACAAUUGCUUUAACGUUAUAAGAAAUGUUGAGGCGUUCGUACGCCAGCAUCAUUGAACGAGCGUCAAGAAGAGGCAGCGACAUCCCAAAUGCACUACAGUAUCGCCCUCCCGCAGUGUUCCCCAAGCAGGCACACCAGCAUCGUCACUCUUCGUCCUGCUGGAAUCUGUCGAUCAGAAGAAGUGAGCACAAGUUGUGCACAUGUGUUCCGUUGACUACUCAAAGUGGACGUCAGCUGUCAACACAUCAGGAUUUUGACUUUCAGCUCAGUCGAAUGCAGAUGGACAGUAUACUUCGAGCAAAUGAGCAGAGUGUGAUUGUGCCAGAGUUUGAUGUCCGAGGGCUCAGCCUUGUGCGAAGGUUUGAGAGCAACUAUUUAGCCGCCAAUACGCCCAAUGAAGACCGCCGCAGCGCAGCCACCUGUUUGCAGGCAAAGGGCACACUCUUUGGCAUCUUCGAUGGCCAUGGUGGCUGGGCUUGCGCGCAGGCGGUCAGUGAGCGCCUUCUGUACUACAUCACCAUCGCCAUGAUGCCCAGGGGCAGUCUGGAGGAGCUGGAGACGUGCAUGGAACGCGGCAGGCCCGUCCCGCCCGUCUUGCGCUGGUAUAAGCACCACACCGACUUUAAUUACCGCGACUCGGCUUCACUCUACAUCCACCACCUCCGAGUCUUCUGGCAGGAGCUUCUGGACAGCCACGAACAUAAGGAAGGCAUGUGCCCUUCAGAUGCCAUGCAUUAUGCCUUCAAGCGUCUGGAUGCCGACAUCUCCUUAGAGGCUCAAGUUCCUCUGUCCAAUGACUUGAUGAAAAGCACUGCCAUCCAGGUUGCCUUCGCCGGGUCUACAGCCUGUGUUGCUCACGUCGGCCCGAAGGGCAUCCAUGUGGCGAACGCUGGCGACUGCAGAGCGGUGUUGGGCGUUCAGGAAGCCGACGGCACAUGGACCGCUGUGCCUCUUUCUCAGGAUCACAAUUGCCAGAAUCAGGCUGAGCUAGAGCGCAUCAGGGCCCAACACCCACCCUCAGAAAGGCAGACUGUGGUCACGGAUGACAGAAUUUUAGGGGUUUUGAUGCCCUCGCGAGCAUUUGGGGACGUGAGGUUCAAGUGGAGCCAUGAGUUGCAACGGAGCAUCCUAGCUAGCCUGGAGUCCGACGUCCACCCAGACUCGCUCAACCUCUACCACUACACGCUGCCCAACUACCUGACGCCACCGUACCUCGACGCGACUCCGGAGGUGACAUACCACAAAGUGAGGCCACAGGACCGCUUCCUGAUCCUGGCCACCGAUGGCCUGUGGGACGAGCUGAGGAGCCAGGACGCCGUGCGGCUGGUCGGCGAGCACCUGAGCGGCCUUCACCUGCAGUCUCCCAUCUCUCAGUCGGAACGUCAGCUGAAGUUGGGCCAGCUGCAUCAGCUCCUUCUCAAGCGCCAGGCCCGCGCCUCACCCGCCUCUGACGCUAACGCCGCCACGCACCUCAUCCGGCACGCCCUGGGCACCGGUGAGUACGGCGAGCUGUGCCACGAGAAGCUGGCGUCCAUGCUGGCCCUGCCGCAAGACCUGGCUCGCAUGUACCGUGACGACAUCACGGCCAUCGUGGUGUAUCUGAACACGCAAAUUGAUUGAUGGGUGGCGUGAUGUUUUCAACAGAAGGACACUUGAAUUCUAAGAGUUCGAGUUCGAUCAAAUUGUGUUAAUGUAUCUUUUGUCUUCAUUUUGGAGCGCAUCUUUCAUUUUUAGAUGAGAUGUUUUUUUGGUUAUUAUUUAAAAUAUAUAUAUAUUUUAAAAAAGACCAUUCAUUCAAUAUUUUUCUUCCUCAAGAAAAUGUAUCUAGCUCAACCAUCAACAGUGCAUUUUUUUUUAAUGAGAUAUUUAAUUUGUCAUAUACUGUGUUUAGCACAGUGCUUUGAGAUACGUAAGCCACAGAAACACAUUUAAAAAUAUUUCUGAAUAAAUCCUUUUCAAUUAAAGUUCCAUUUAUUUUACUACGAUUUUAAUUUUAUUGUUACUGUAGAUAGUAGCAGGAUUGCAAGGGUUGUGUUUCUUUGACACACUCUGUUAGGGCUGAAAAUAUUCAACAGACAAUCAAAAUCAAAGGAUAGCCUAUGUGAUUAAGUCGUUUCAUGUGGCUCGCUUGUUUACGCUUUAUUUAAAUUGCCAGAAAAGUUCGAGUUAAUGGGAUUGAGUGUACAAAUACGUUGAGACACAAUGCCAGAUCUUGAAAUGUAUGUAUGUGAUAAAGCAAAAAUAUUUUCAUAUCGAUUUAAUUCAUGCAUUUAAUAUUGAAGACCCUGGGACCAAAUGCACAACCUGCUACUGGUAUUGAUACUUUACACGCUUUAUGUUUUAGAAUGUAUCAUAUCAGGUCAAGCUCUGAUAAUGCGAAGAAGUGGCCAGAUUUCAUUUUACAAAUGGACAUUGAAUGAUUUUUUUUCUCCUGUAGCUAUAUGGGGCUUUUUUAUUUGCAGCGUGUCACAUGUUGAGAACAAUGCGCACAAUGAUAGUUUUGAUUGCCUGUUUUUCUUCCAUCGUGAAUCUCAUUUUUAUGAUGGCAAAACUGUGACUCUGUCGACAAUCCAUGUUUUACACUUGAAUGUAAAUAUUCUCUCCUCUGUGUCACUGUAUAAUUUGACUUCACAGUCAAUGAAGGGAAGAAUAAAAGAUAAAGAUGUAAA